UCAAUUAAGUUUUUAUUCGACCACCAUCGUGCCGCGCGUAUCGUCCUUCUACUGAUAAAAUAAACGAGUUUUGUACGUUUUCUCAUUUAAGAAAGUUAUUUAUGAUUCUAAACAAUGGCAAAUAGUAAUCACAGUGAUUCACAAGCGAGUGAGGAAGAGGAAGGCGAAAUAAGAGAACCGAAAAUAAAAAAAUCCAAAGUUAAAAAAUCUAAAGAGUCAAAAAAAGUUUCAGAGAGUGAAGAAGAAGAUCUCGUACUUCGAUUAGGAGAAGAAAGCAAUGAAUCAGUUGAUCUUAAAAAGCGAAAGAGAAGUGUUGACGAACCUUCUCCAAACAAUAGUGAGAAAGAAUCUCCGCCAGUUAUAAAAGUAGAAAAAGAUGAUCUAUUGACAGAAAUAAAACAGGAACCAGAAUGUGAUCUCAUGCAAGCAGUCGAAGCGGACUUACAAUUAAAAAUGGCGAAUAAACGUGUAAAAUAUGAAUUUGCACCUGCAGGACAGUUUGAACCGAUAAUUAUUCCUCCUAUUGAAAUUAAAAUCGAAAUAUCAGACGACGAUGAUUACCAAGUGGUAGCGGAAGUGCCAAAAGAGGAUUCACCUGUUAAUAAUCCUCCACCAGAAGAGGAGGAGGAAGAAGAAGAAGAAGAAGAGGAAGAACCAAAAAGACCGACAGUGCAUCAGGAAAAACAUGUGAAGAAAAAUGUAUUUUCCACCGAAGCCCUAACGAAAGUUGAAGACAUAUUUGGUGUUAAUUUUGAUAAUGAAAUUUUCGGAAAAUACGGCAAGGAGGAAUAUGACGAUGAAGAGAGUGAAAUUCAAUCAGGAAAUUGUAAAAAUGGAGAAAAAUCGAAAAGCACAAAGAAACAGACAAAGAAAAAGUCAACGAAAAAAGUUGUUUACGAUAUUUACGAGCCGAGUCAACUGAGACGUGUCUAUUCCCUAAAUCUCGAUAAAGAGAUUUGUGCCACUGAUAUUCCGGAGAGAAUGCAACUUCGCUUGACACCAGUAACACCAACGAAUGUCGAUUCAAGUGAAUUGGAUCUCGAAUCAAAAUGGAUAUACGAACAAGCUUUUUACAAAGAAACGGUAUCAAUACAAAACAGCCAAUCAGAAGAAGAGGAGGAGAGAUUAAAGAUCAAAAUACACAAUAGGCAUCAAACAAUUGUAAAAAUACGAAAUGUCCUGCAUUUCAUGCGCAAUCAACAAUUUGAAGUUCCCUUCAUUGCAACGUAUAGAAAAGAAUUUAUCUAUCCCGAAUUGGAUGUCAACGAUUUAUGGAAAGUCUAUAAAUUCGAUGCAAAAUGGUGUCAAUUGCAACAGCGAAAGAAACAUUUAUUAAAACUUUAUGAAAAUAUGCUACAAUACCAAUUGAGUGAAGUGACAAAAUUAAAAGGUACAUCACCGCCGGACAGUAUGAAAAUAGUGAAAAUUGCCGACAUUGAAAAAUUAAAAACAAUCGAUGACAGUGAAGAAAUUCACGAUAUGUAUCGUUAUUUCAAAUUACAUUACAGUCACGAAAUACCAGCAAUGAAACGAUUUAUUCGUCAAAAAGAAUACGAAUCAUUGAAAGCGAAAUUACAGAAGAAAGGAGAAAAAUGCGAAGAUAUUAAUUUACCGGAAAUUACCGAUGAACCGGAAAUCGAACGUAACGAUCCGUAUUUUAUUUGUAAAAAAGCAGGACUCGAUGCAUUUGUAAAAAAAUUUGGUAUCAGUUCUGAGCAUUUCGCUGAGAAUUUACGUGACAGUUAUCAACGUUAUGAAGUUGAUCAAGAACUUUAUGAUCCAAUAACAACAGCAAGUCGAUUUUGUGGAAGAAAAAUUUCAGCACCAGAGAAACUUCUUAAAUCGGCGCAAUUUAUGUUUGCAUUACAAUUGGCAUGCGAGCCACUUGUACGUAAAACAUUGAGAAAUCUCUAUAUGAAGAAAGCAAAAUUAUCUGUACGUGCCACUAAAAAGGGUAUGCGUGAAAUCGAUGAGAAUCAUUCAAUUUAUACGAUGAAAUAUUUAAAGAAUAAACCAGUGAAAGAUUUAAUUGGUGAUCAAUUUUUAAAAUUGGUUGUUGCCGAGCAAGAUGACUUGAUAACAAUAACUUUUAGCGACACUAUUGAGGGUAUCGCGGCCAAUAACUUCAUGGACGAGAUCAAACAAUAUCUUAUGAAUCAGGAUAACAAUCAAACUGUUCAAUCGUGGAAUGCCCUGAGAGUCGCCAGUAUGGAAAUGGCCCUAAUGACAAUGGUGAUAAUUGACUUGAAAAAAGAGCUUCGAGCAAAUUUAUUGUUUGAAGCAAAGGACUUCGUGAUGCGUGAGUGUUGUCAAAAACUUCAUAACUGGCUAAAAGUUGCGCCUUACACAAGCAAUGUAUCUUGCGAAGAAGACGACGAUUGGAAUUUAUCGAAAGGAUUACGAGUGAUGGGUUUAUCGUUUCCACAGGAUGAAACACAAAUUUCUUAUGCAUGUAUUGUUGGAACAGAUGGCGAUUGUACGGAUUUCUUGAAAUUACCACAUUUACUGAAACGACGAAACAGCACAAAGGAGAGUGAUCGUUUAAUGAAGGAAGCGGAACUUUUAUCAAUUCGUAAUUUUCUAAUGUCAAAGAAGCCACAUGUUGUCGCUAUUGCUGGCGAAACACGUGAUGCAUUAAUGAUGCAAUUUGAAAUUCAAGAAAUCAUUGGGAAAUUACGUAACGAAGAACAUUUUCCAGCAAUAAAAGUUGAAAUUUCCGAUAAUGAUUUGUCGAAAAUUUAUGCCAAUGGCAAUCGGGCUAUAACGGAAUUUCGUGAUUAUUCCUCGCAAUUAAGACAGGCGAUAUCAAUUGGACGUCGUUUACAGGAUCCGCUUAUUGAAUUUUCACAAUUGUGUAAUGCUGACGAUGAGAUAUUGAGCUUAAAAUAUCAUUCGCUUCAAGAUCAAUUGCCGCAGGAUGAAUUAUUGGAAAAUAUACACACGGAAUUUAUAAAUGUUGUCAAUAAAGUUGGUGUCAAUGUAAAUAUGGUUGCGCAAAAAUAUUACGCUGAAAAUCUACUGCAAUUUGUUUGUGGUCUAGGUCCUAGAAAGGCGCAAGCUUUGAUUAAAAUAAUACGCAAACAAGCUGAUAAAAAAUUAGAGAAUCGUGCACAAUUAGUGACAAUUUGUAAUUUAGAACCAAAAGUGUUUGUCAAUUGUGCCGGUUUUAUAAAAAUUGAUGCAGACUAUUCAGCUGUUAAUAAAGGCGCUUAUGUGGAAGUUCUCGAUGGAUCGAGAAUUCAUCCUGAAAGUUAUGAAUGGGCUAGAAAAAUAGCGGUCGACGCUUUAGAAUCGGAAGAGGAUCCUAAUCGAGCGAUUAUUGAAAUUUUAAAAGCACCGGAAAAAUUGAAAGAUCUCGAUCUUGAUUCGUUUGUUGAUUUACUGCAAAGACAAGGGUAUGGCGAUAAGAAAAUUACAAUGUAUGAUAUUUGCGCGGAAUUAAGUUGUAUGUAUCGUGAUUUGAGAGAACCUCACGUAUCGCCAAAUGCUGAGCAAUUAUUUUUUAUGCUGACGAAACAAACGCCUGAGACAUUGCACGUGGGGAAAUUAUUGGUUGCUAAAGUAUUGGGUAUUAGUCACAAGAAACCACAGGGCGAACAAUUGGAGAGUAUGCGACCUGUGAGAAAUGAUGAAAGUGGAUUUUGGCAGUGUCCGUUUUGUUUUAAGAAUGAUUUUCUCGAAUUGUCGGAGGUGUGGACGCAUUUUGAGUCAACUUGUCCGGGGAGGGCGACAGGUGUAAAAAUACGAUUGGAUAAUGGACUUAAUGGUUAUAUUCAUAUUAAGAAUCUGUCGGAUAAGCCAGUGACGAAUCCAAGGGAUCGUGUUUGUGUGAAUCAGCCGAUUCAUUGUCGUAUUAUGAGAAUUGACAUGGAGAAAUUCGGAAUUGAGUGUACUAGUAGAAGUAAAGAUCUGGCUGAUAAGGAUAACGAAUGGAAGGCGCCGAAGGAUCCGUUCUACGAUAUGGAAGGUGAGGAUAAGGAAAAGAAGCUUGAAGAGGAAGUGCGGAAGUCAAAAUUAAGACAGGCUUAUAUUAAACGAAUUAUCGGUCAUCCGUGCUUUAAGAAUAUCGACUUUGCCGACGCGGAACGAUUGAUGAGUGACAAAAGACCCGGCGAAGUUAUAAUACGACCUAGCAGUAAGGGUCCUAAUCAUUUGACAAUAACUUGGAAGAUGGCGGACGAGGUAAUUCAGCACAUCGACGUGAUUGAAGAAGGCAAAGCUAACGAUUUCGUGGCAGGCGCAAAGUUACGCAUCGCCACCGAGGAAUUUGAAGAUCUCGACGAUAUUUUCGUGAAAUACAUCAAUCCAAUGAUUGGUUUCGUGAACGAAAUUUUGAAUUUCAAAUACUACAAGGGUAGAGUCGGAGGGAACAAGGACAGAGCUGACGAGGUGCUGAAAGUUCAAAAAAGGGAGAAUCCCAACGGCAUUCCGUACAUUAUUUCAGCUGCCCGACAAUAUCCGGGCAAUUUUCUCCUCUCCUAUCUACCGCGCAAUCAAUGUAGGCACGAGUACUUUUCCGUGAUACCCACGGGUUUGAAAUUCCGCACCGAGGUCUUUGUGAGACUCAACGAUCUGCUCCGCUGGUUCAAGGAGAACUUUAAGGAACCGGUGCCAAAUCAGCCGGUCGCCUCUCGAGGAACACCUCCGCCCAGAAUGCCCUAUCCACCAACAUCCUCUGGUAUUCGUAACGAUGAAUUUCCACCAGAAAUGUCGCAUCGCUCCUACAGCAGUCAACCACCGAUUUAUCCGAAUAAUCAAAUGUAUCCACCCAAUCGUCCCGAGUAUCCGAUCAAUCAUCCAGAGUACUCUAAACAUCCGGACUAUCCUAAACGUCCGGACUAUCACAGACCCGAAUAUCCACCGAAUCGAAUGGACUAUCCACCGAAUCGUCCCGAGUAUCCACCGACUCGCGCCGAUUAUCCACCAAAUCCAGAUUAUCACGACUACCCACCAGCAAAAUCGAGUUACAGACCUAAUUCCGAUUAUCCACCGAGUAGAUCCGAUUAUCCGAUACGCUCUGACUAUGGUUCACCACACACGGAUUAUCCCCCUCCCCACUCGGAUUAUCCCCCACGUUCGGAUUAUCCUCCUCCUCCACGUUCCGAUUAUCCUCCUCCUCCUCGUUCCGAUUAUCCCCCAAGAUCUGAUUAUUCUUCUCGCUCCGAUUAUCCCCCACGUGAUUAUUCGUCACGUUCCGAUUAUCCCCCACGUGAUUAUUCGUCACGUUCCGAUUAUCCCCCAAGAUCCGAUUAUCCUUCUCGUUCCGAUUAUCCCCCAUCAUCUCGAUCUGAGUAUUCACCACCACGUGACUAUCCCCCACCUUCGCGUUCCGAAUAUCCACCAAAACAAGUCUACGAAUCAAAUGAAAUUUCCUAUAAAGAAAAAAGCAGCAAAAGCACCGACUACAAUGGUAAGAGAAAUCAAGAAAGAAAUUCAGAAUCACCAACUGAAAAGACGUCUUUGUCGAAAAUUUCACCACCACCGCCAUUACCACCACCACCACCGCCACAGUCUGUUAUUCCUACACCUACAGUUAUUCCUGUUGUUAAUUCUGUCAGUUCUCCUACAUUGUCAACAGGAAUUCCGCAACCAGUUCCUCCACCUGCAGUCGAUGUUAAUGCACAGAAAGAAAAGAAUCAGGAGAAUAUCGUUGAGAAAAAACAAUUUAAACCAAUUACAACAGCAGUGAUACAGCCACCGCCGCCAAAGGUGAAUCUCACAUGGAAUCAACAGAUUCAAAAUAAAGUCUUUGACGAUACUUAUUUUACGAAAACGAAGAAAGUUGUUAAACCUUAUGAUAAUGGGGUUGGACAUGCGUUAUUGCAAAAAUUAUCGAAAGGAGAUAAAUAUCAGCAAGGUGGAAAAAGGAAAAAGAAUGAAUCGGGUUCCAGGGAUUCGUCAAUGUCGAGAGGUUCAUCCCGUGACAAAGAUUACAAUCCAUUCGCAGUGGGAGGAUCAAAUGACAAUUAUUCAGAAAGUCCAAGGGAUUCUAGUCCAAGAAGUAGAAGAUACGGUUCACGAAGUCCCUCCUAUCAUUCGCGUAAUUCACGCGAUAGAAGUCCAAAGUAUGGUUCACGAUCAUCAUGGGACAGAAGUCCAACGUACGGCUCAAAUCAUUCACGAGAACGAAAAUCAUCGUGGGACAGGAGUCCCGAUUAUCACAGGAGUCGUUCACGCAGUCGAAGUCCUUAUAAAUUACGAAAACGAAAAAAUUCAUGGGAUCAUAGUCCAGAAGGAAGAAAUAGUCCAUCACCGCAAAGUUCACCGAAAUUCGGCUCGGAUUAUGUGAAAAAUUAUAAGAAAACUAAAUUACCACUACCAAUAAGUGAUCCAGCACCUGACGAGGAGAAUCCAUUCAUUAAGGGAUCAUCGCGCGAUCAAAGUAAUGGAAACACAUCGCCAACGCCAAUUCCAAAAAAAGUAUUUCCAUUUAAUCGAGGACGUGGACGAGGUUUCAAGUCAUAUCCAGCAAAUUCACGUGGUCGAGGUGCGAAAUAUGAUAUUGUAACGCCAUGUGCAUUUCCAGGGCCGAGGAGAUUUUACAAUGGCAGUUAAUUGAUAUUUACGAAAAUGGAUUCUUUUGUGUCGCAUGAUAUGAAUUUGAAAAUUAUGAGAGAAAUUGCUUUUUUGUCGAAUGGAAAACUAGUAUAUGAAAAGGACGAAAAAAACGAACAGUUUAAUUUAUUUUAUAAUUCUGAUUAUAUAAUGUUGAACGGAAGACACGUAGGUUUAUUGAAGAAUAUUUCCGAUGCCAUUUGUUGAUGGGAUUAUGUUUACUUUUGUGAUAGUAGUCCACCACGUAAGUGUGAAUUUUUACAUAAUUUUUUUUUCUAUAUGAGAAAAUUUUACUCUUACAACUGAUUUAUUAAUCUGCAUGUACUUCGUCAAGUAGAUUGCAAAAAUUGUAAAAUGUAAUUUUCGAGAAAUUUCUCAUUGGUACCACAAAUUUUUCCAUUUUUUUUCUUUUUUUCAGAAUUCUCUUGUUUAUCUCGUAUAAGAAUUAUUAGCAUAAGAAAAAGUAAUAUAAUUUCAAUCGGAUACAAACUGAUAUUUCAAAAUUAAUAAUUUCGAGAAAGUUUAUUUUGUUCUAAUUUGUGAACUUUUUUUUAUUAAUGCAUAGACGCGAAUUCUUUGAAUUUAAUAGUAGAAAUAUUUGAAUAAAUUGAAACUAAAUUUAGUUAUAUUGAAAUAAUAAUAAAAAUCGAAAUGACAGUUCGUAUCACGUGCCAUUAAAUGAUAAAAUUAAUAAUUUAAGUAAAAUUGUGAUUAACUAAAUUAUAAUUGAUUGAAAUUUUCAACUUUCGGUUGAAUUCAAUCAUUUUUUUAGCUUUCGACUAAAAAUUUCUUGCAUAAUAUUAUAACAUUUAACGUAAUAAUAAUAAUUAAAAAUGUAGAUAAAAUUAAUUGAAAAUUGAAUA